AUGACUAGUCAUGCUCUUUUAACCACCUACCUGCUCUCCAAUGCUCCUCACGCCCUCACCCGUGCCACUACACACCCGUUCCUCCGCGCUGCCGGCCGUGGCAAACUACCCAAAGCCACGCUGUCGCAAUGGCUCUCACAAGACCGACUCUACGCGCAAGCUUACAUCCGGUUCAUCGGCCUUUUGCUGUCCAAAAUUCGAAUCCCCUCACAGAACCCUACGAGUGCAACGCCACGCAAUGCCACACCCGAGCAGCACGCAACGGACGUUCUGAUCGACGCGCUAGUCAACAUCCGCACUGAGCUGCAAUUCUUUGAAGAAACGGCCGCAGAGUACGGGCUUGAUUUGACUGCCAUCUCAACGGAGAGUGGCGCAGGACUCGCGGAGUCCGGAUCCGGAAAUAUCACUACCUCGGCUCAGAUCUCGACCUCAGGCUCGGGCAGCUGUCCUGGGUUCACGGGCGGGUGCGAAGGGAAAAGCACCGAGACCGGGGAAAGAGAGUCGGAGGUGUAUGGGCGGUGUGCAUCCCAGGCUGAAUGCCAGGCUCUCCAAGAGCGGGAAGCGCAGGAGCAGAGCCAGGUGAAUCCUGAGUCGCAUGGGGUUUGUGACCCGGCUUGUCGGUCCAUUGACCAUGUCUCUGCUGAGCCGCUGGAGAGAGGUGGCACGGUCUCCUUUACUGCUACUCACACCACGCGCGCCUAUAUUGACCUGUUCAUGUCGGCGGGCAGCGCUGGGGUAUCAACCCUGGAAGGUCUGGUGGUGCUGUGGGCUACAGAGGUGUGUUACCUGCGAUCGUGGAAGUAUGCGGCAUCGUUCAUGGAGGGAAAGGAUGGGGAAGGGGAAGAUGGUGAAGAAGCGAAGAAGAAUAGUGCGGCCGGGGGUGCGGCGGACGCGGAUGGCGGUGCGCUGCGCAAAAGGUUCAUUCCCAAUUGGUCGAGCCCAGACUUCGAGGCUUUUGUCAAUUGCAUUGGCGAUAUAGUGGAUGAGACGGCCAACCAGAUUAAGGGUGCUGAGGAGGCAGAAAAGAUGCGCGGACAAUGUCUCGAUUGGUGGAGGCAAGUGAUUUGGCUGGAGGAGAGGUUUUGGCCAGAUGUGCGUGCCUGA